CGAGGGAGGAAAAUGAAGGGGAACCGCUCAGCCCCGUCACUGCCACGACCUGGGCCAGCAAAGCCCCCAUCCCUACCUCAGAGCAUGGGGUGGGGAGCGGGCUCUGCCAGGCAGUGCUGCCGGCUGCUCGGGCUGCUCCUGUGUUUCAGCGGCGCGCUCCAGCCUGCAGGUCUUGUCAAUGCAAUGAGUACAGUAAGGAAGUGAUACAACCUCCACUCUAUCCCCUGGUAAUCUUCGUCAGCCUCAGCACAUGCCAUCUCAUAUCAUCUCUCCACCUGAUGGAGUGUUAUACAAGGAUUCCUGAAGCUCUUGAAACUCUUCAAGUGUUGAUGGGAAGCACCCCACUGAUUGUGUCACUGAAUGAUAACAUCUCCAUACCAUGCAAGAUUUCUGGGUACAAUACAGCAGAACUGGAUAUCAAGAAAGUGGGAGUAACCUGGUAUCUUAAGACUCCGAGGGCAGACCAAGAAGAAAAAGUAUUCACAUUUCAUGCUGGAGCGCAUAUUUCGUAUAGAAAUGGGGCCAGUAUGUCUGACAGUGACCUGAGAAGAGGAAAUGCUGCACUCUCACUACCACAGAUACAGUUUAAGGAAGCAGGAAUAUAUAGGUGCUAUGUUAUUGUUGCCCCUUCUGAUGCUCAUGGAACAGCUAUUUUAGAAGUAGUUGCUCAACCGGAAGUCAGCCUGUGUCCAAAGGAAGUUACAAUAGAAAGUGACAAGGAGAAGACCCUGUCAUGUGAUGUCAAUAAGUUCUAUCCAAAUUUGGUUGACAUUAAGUGGACAAAGAUAUCAAAGAAUAACCAGGACAGUAGUAUAGCAGCAGAGGAUAUCCACACAGGAGCCUCUGUAGAAAAUGAAGAUGGCACAUUUAAUGUCACUAGCAUACUAAGGCUGCAACCAUCUUUGCAAGAUAAUGGAAAUGUCUAUAGAUGUAUUGUGAGUCACAAAACAUUUCCUGCCAAAUUACUUCUCAACAGCACCUUGACUGUCACAGCCCCCAAGUCAGCUUUGAACAGUAUAAUUGGAGCAGUCAUUGGAACAAUAAUAGCCUGUAUUAUUGUGCUGGGUUUGGGUACUUUCGUGUACUGUAGGUGUUUGAAGAAAACUUCACCUGUGACGUGACACUCCAUAUUCGUUAUAGAAAUAUGCCUACGAUAUGAAUAUGGCAUAACUAAGAUAUUUUAUGCAAGAUGACUCGUAAGAUAAUUGGAAAGGUUAUGAUUUACUGAA